AGAGAGAGAAGACUUAAACAUGACGAGAGAGGGUAGUAAAAGACAGCUAGCAAUGAAGAAGGAGCCUCACCUACCAGUGCCCACUCUCCUCUCUUCCCAUUUAAACCUUCUUCACUCUCCUCUCUCUCCUUUCAAAAACCCAUCUUCUCCAUCUCUCACUCACAUUCCACCCUUCAGGUUUGCCUCUCUACUCUCUAUUUCAUCUCUCAAAUCGUUACAUAUACAUCUUUCAUUUUCUCUUUCCCCCUUCCUUAUUUCCUCUUCAUUUUCAAAACAUUGCUCCACAAUUUCCUCUAAUUCACUCAAAGGAAAAUAAGAGAAAGUGCAGGGGUUUCUGGAUAAAAUCAAAAUGCCGGAUUGGGACCAGCUUUCGCUAACGUGCGCCGCACCACUCAAUGCCUUCACAUGCUAAAUAUCUUCAAUUUCGGAUUUUCGUUUCAUGAAAAGCGAAUUAAUUAAUUAUAAAUACAAGCCCACGAAAAUUUCAGUUGCCGAGAAAAUGGUUGGACCAAACUUCAUGGACGAAAUAGACUGCGGAAGCUUCUUUGACCACAUCGACGACCUUCUCGACUUUCCCGUCGAGGACGUCGACGCCGCCGCCGCCACCCUGCCGCCUGUGGCCGCCGGUGCCGGGAACUGCAACUCGCUGGCGAGCAUCUGGCCCGCCCAGUCCGACUCGGUGUUCUCCGGCAACAGCGCUUCGGACCUCUCGGCGGAGCUCUCCGUUCCGUAUGAAGACAUUGUUCAAUUGGAAUGGCUAUCCAACUUUGUGGAGGACUCCUUCUGUGGGGGGAGCCUGACCAUGAAGAAAGUGGAGGAGCCAUCAUCAUGCACCACCAAGGAGGACUCAGUGCACAACCAAUUCAACACCUCAAGCCCAGUUUCUGUCCUUGAGAGCAGCAGUACCUGCAGCGGCGGCAAGACUGUGCCACCGCCGGAGAUUUACAUCCCAGUGCCAUGUGGACGUGCACGCAGCAAGCGUCCACGUCCUGCAACCUUCAAUCCUAGGCCAGCCAUGAACCUCAUUUCCCCUGCCUCCUCUGUUGUUGGGGAGAACAUGCAGCCUAAUGUCAUAUCCCCCAAGGCCUCUUCAGACUCUGAGAAUUUUGCCGAGUCUCAGCUUGUCCCCAAGAUACCAAAGCAAGCCUCUGGGGAGCCAAAGAAGAAAAAGAAAGUGAAGUUGCCACUUCCUGUAGGUCCAGCUGAUAGCAAUUCCAAUCAGAAUGGUUCGCAACCAGUUAGAAAAUGCAUGCAUUGUGAGAUCACCAAGACACCACAGUGGAGGGCAGGUCCAAUGGGGCCAAAAACACUAUGCAAUGCAUGUGGUGUUCGUUACAAGUCUGGUAGGCUCUACCCUGAAUACAGGCCUGCUGCAAGCCCAACUUUUUGCCCUUCCUUGCACUCCAAUUCCCAUAAAAAGGUGCUGGAAAUGAGAUGCAGAGGCAUUGACAAAUCCGGUUAUGCAAUGAAUUCAGCUGCCUCACCUGAACUCAUUCCAAACACUAACAGCAGCCUUACCCUGGAGUACAUGUGAUGUGAGGGAAGGAGGGAGGGAGUGAUCCUUGUUGGAAACCUGAACAUCUCUAGAGUCUUGUCUUAUGUUAUUUCUUAUUGAUAUUUCAUUUCUUUGGUUAAUUGGUUUUUGUACAGGGUUGGAAUGGGGGAAUAGGAGCAAUAGAUGAUGAUGAUCAUAUUUUAGCUGUUAGGGGAAGAUUGUAACGAGAAGUGAUCAAAAGGGGGUAGGAGAUAUGCAAGUCAAAAAAGGGUAGGGUCUUAGGUCUAGUAAUUGUAGGUCCCUUAAGGUCAUUAGGAGUGGUUGUCCCGGUUGUUUUUUUUUUUUUCUUCUUGGAAUUCUUUUCAUUUUUUCCCCUUUUUAUAUAUAUCCCUGUCCAUGGGAAUUCUUUUUGCAGUUCAUUUGUAGCAAAAAUUCUGAGUUGAGUAAGAAAGUUUUAAAUUUUUUUAA